AUGCACAGGAGCAGACAGGAUCAGGACUUCUUGGGACAGGCUUUCUGUACGUUGGGUGAAAUUGUUGGCUCCCUGGGAAGCCGCUUGGAAAAGCCAUUGAUUGGAAUUCCAGGGAAGAAAUGUGGAAGCAUCAUAAUUAGAUCGGAGGAGCUCAGCAACUGCAGGGAGUCAGUGAUGCUCCAGUUUUGCGGCAACAAGUUGGAUAAGAAGGACUUCUUUGGAAAAUCUGAUCCAUUUCUAGUGUUCUACCGCAGCAAUGAAGACGGAUCCUACACCAUCUGUCACAAAACAGAAGUGGUGAAGAACACCCUGGACCCGGUGUGGCAGGCUUUUAAAAUUCCUGUCAGGGCGCUGUGUAACGGAGACUACGACAGGAGCAUAAAGGUGGAAGUCUAUGACUGGGACAGAGAUGGAGGCCAUGACUUCAUUGGCGAGUUCAGCACCAGCUACAGAGAAAUGUGCAGAAGCCAGUCGCAGUUCCACGUCUAUGAGGUGCUUAAUCCAAAAAAGAAAGGGAAGAAGAAAAAGAAGUACCUAAACUCAGGAACGGUGACUCUCCUCUCCUGCCUGGUGGACACUGAGCUUUCCUUCCUGGACUACAUCCGAGGCGGGACACAGAUUAAUUUUACGGUGGCAAUCGAUUUCACAGCUUCAAAUGGUAAUCCAUCCCAGCCCACCUCUCUCCAUUACAUGAGCCCCUACCAACUGAAUGACUACGCCAUGGCGCUGCGGGCCAUCGGAGAGAUCAUUCAGGACUAUGACAGCGACAAGAUGUUUCCAGCUCUGGGCUUCGGUGCCAAGCUCCCCCCAGAUGGACGUGUCUCCCACGAGUUUCCCCUGAACGGUAAUCCACAGAACCCAUACUGCAAAGGAAUUGAUGGGGUAAUGGAGGCCUACUACCAGAGCCUGAAGAGCGUACGCCUGUAUGGACCCACCCACUUCUCCCCUGUCAUUAAUCAUGUGGCCAGGUAUGCAUCAGCCGUGACAGAUGGCUCACAGUAUUUCAUCCUUCUCAUCAUCUCGGACGGAGUGAUCACUGACAUGGCACAGACCAAAGAGUCCAUAGUAAAUGCUGCGUCUCUGCCCAUGUCCAUUAUAAUAGUUGGAGUUGGACCAGCAGAAUUUGAUGAGAUGAUUGAGCUUGACGGGGAUGAGGAGAGGAUAUCAUCCCAAGGAAGAUACGCUGAAAGGGACAUUGUUCAGUUUGUUCCUUUCAGGGACUACAUCGACCGACGAGGAAACCACAUCCUCAGCAUGGCUCGCCUGGCUAAGGAAGUGCUAGCCGAAAUACCCGACCAGUUUCUAUCCUACAUGAGGACCCGAGGGAUCAAACCGGGCCCCCAGCCGCCACCUUACACACCCUGCCCUCCUCCAGCCAUCCACCCCCUCCACACUAGACGGGUGAGCCGGAUCUAAAGGCCAAGACCCCACCCCUCAUGUUGGCUGGCCAGCUUCUUAUCUUCUCUUUGAGCUUCCUUUUCUUGCUAUAGUCUUCACUGGAAGCUUCUGAGCACACGGUGAACUUCACCCGCUGUCUCAUGUAGCACUUCCAUGAAAGCCUGGCUGCAAUGUGUAGUCUUAUCUGGAAUGCUGCCAUGUUCUAAAGGACGGGACUUUGCAGGAUUUUGCACUGGAGUAUAUUGAAGGGUUGUGAUGGUUUGAAAUCAGUGGAGCGAGAAAGCAGGAUGGCUUCCAGGCUGAAAGAGUCCAAACUACUAAGACUCUCUUGUGGAAAACACUGUCCUUUCUUCUCUAUUCUUCUGUAUCCACUUCCUCAAUCUUUCACAAAAAAACUCUUGAUACUUAAAUGUUUACAAGUGAAAAGCUGGGAGGUUUUUUUCAGGUGAAAAACAAUUUAUAUCAAUCAAUGUGAAAAGCUUUUAGAUCCCUAUUUUUCACCCUGCUAAACCAGGAGGUUGUGAAUUUAUUUAAAACUUUUUUUUUAGUUAUUCUUUUUGUACAGUGAAUAUCUGUUCUCUUUACAUAAAUAGAGCAUGUUUUAGUUUAGGAGAAGCAUGUGCUGUUGUCCAACACUCAGGGCUUGUUCCCUUCACACCGCCGCCACCGCCGCUGCUACGUUACACCACAAACAAACCCAUCCCCCUGCCUCAGAUCUUCCCUCCUUUGCUCCGUCCACCUGCAAUGACUCGAAAAAGGAAGCUGUGCUCUCUGGGAGUCUGGUCAAAUCAAAAUGCAGCAGGGACUCGAACAAGCCUUACUGUUCUGUCAGAAAACAUUUCACAGGCACCCGUAUCCACCGUGGCUUCUGAAAACGAGGCUCUCCAAGCCCAGCAGUCAAAAACACGUCAUUACAGAGUUGGACUGUGAGCUGCGAUCUACAGCCUUGUUAUUUUUCUGGGAAAACACUGCACUUCAGAGGCAUUGUCGUGUUUUUGUUACGUCUCUCUACCUCUUACUUUAUUCUGUACAAAAACUACAUUGUUUGUUUUGUUGUAAAUAAUAAUUCUUGUAAUCUACAUUAGUUAACCCAAGUAAGGGUUACUUUUCUCACCAAUUAUCCUAGAGAAAUGCCAAAUUGCUGGUUUAGACCUUUCUCUGCACUUGGUUUCUAUCAGAUCAGGUGACUCAGACCUUAGUGGUAGCAACAUUCUCUAAAUAUGUGCACAAAACAGAAAACCAACUGAUGAAUCUCAAACUUCUCAGCCAAUACGGUUCACUUAGACUAAAAGGACUCUCAGAACUCAUUAAAAUGCUUUAAAAGAGUUUUUUCUUCAACUUCAGAUUUUCAUAUCAUCAAACAAAUUUGAAUAUCGGUCAAAGAUAACCUGAGUAAAUAGAAAAGUCCUUUAAUUACUGGAAUUGCUUAUUAAGGGAAACAUCAUCCCAAACCAGCUGAACCAGUGUCUUGGAGUGAUCGCCUCAGAAAGUUUCUGUGGCGAUAACUUUAGCCCGCUUUAUUUGCAGAGUUGUUCUAAUUCAACCACACUGAUGGGUUAAACGGCCUAUUAAAGGUUAUGAUACAUCUGUAUUAUGGGAUUCAGACUUUGAUAA